AAUUUUUUUCUUUUCUAAUUUAAUUUAUUCUAAUUAACUUUUAAUCAAAUUAAUUAAAGUGAAAGUGUUUUCUUUUAAUUGAUUGCAAGUGAUUGGUGAUUCGAUUGGUUUACCUGUGACAAUGUUGUUUCUUCCUGGUGACACUGUGACUGAGGAUCCAGAUUAUAUGAGAGGUCAUGGUACAUAUUAUAAGUCUAAAGUUUUAACCUCAUCCGUUGCCGGUUGUAUUGAUAAGGUUAACAAAUUGUUGUCCGUUCGUCCCUUACGUACAAGAUACAAUGGUGAAAUUGGUGAUAUUGUUGUUGGUCGGGUUAUUGAUGUUCAAACGGAAUAUAAACGUUGGCGUAUUGACACUGGUUCACGAUUAGAUUCAUUACUUUUAUUAUCUUCAGUUAAUUUACCUGGUGGAGAAUUGAGACGUAAAACUGUUGAAGAUGAAUUAAUGAUGAAAUCUUAUUUUAAGGAAGGUGAUCUCAUCUCGGCUGAGGUACAAUCUAUUUUUUCUGAUGGAUCGUUAUCACUUCAUACGAGAAAUUUAAAAUAUGGUAAACUUGGACAAGGUGCUCUACUUCGAGUAUCUCCAUCCCUGGUUGAACGUCGAAAAACACAUUUCCAUAAUUUACCCUGUGGGGCUCAUCUUAUACUUGGAAACAAUGGUUACAUUUGGAUUUCUCAACCAAUUUCGGAGGGUGUUGAAUCCGGUGGAUUUGCCAUUAAUCUUGAUCCAGUUACAUUAUCAGAUCGUGAAGUUAUCUCAAGAGUAAGGAAUUGUAUUCUCGCCCUUGCUAAACAUAAAAUGAUGCUUCACAGUACAAGUAUAUCAUAUUGUUAUGACAUUUCACAAUCUUACCAGGUCAAGGAUCUAAUCAAAUCUGAAGUAAUGGCUGAGAUAGCACAAUUAACCAAAGAACGAAUGAAAGUUGAAGAAUUACAAUAGACAAUUGCUAAGAAAUGUCUAAUUUAAAUAGUCGAUACUUCCAAUGUGUAUUCAUUCAAAGCCCAAAUCAAAUGUAUUUAAAUCACUUUCUCACUUUCAUGUACCUAAAAUUUUUACCAUUGUGAAAAUAAUCGAUCAAUAAUCUAUCCAUUGAUUGGUUUGAAAAAUUGGUUCUCUGAAAACAAAAAGGAAGGAUAUUUUGUCAAAUCAAUAUCCGCAAUUUAACAAUUUCCAAGUUUCAUCAUACUAAUUCGUGUAACUUUCAAGUGGAUUAACAGAAUUAGUUUGCAAUUUUAUAAACUAAAUUACAACGAUAAAAAACCAGUCAGUUCAAUCUUAGAUUAUUCAAAACAAUUAUUAGUCGAUAACUUUCAUGAAUUAUUAUGUUUAAAAUGUAAUAUCAACAUUUAAUUGGUGAUAAUUUAACUGAUCCGAAUUACAAAUGAAACAAAAUUCAAUGAAUUUAAUUGAUACCUUUGGUCUAAUUGCUUAGCAACGAUGACAAAUUGCGACUCCAAGUGACUAUUUAUGGUAACGUUGUUCUAGUUUAACUGUCUAAUUGUUUACUGUUAACCCUUUGAUUAAGUUAAUUUGAUGAUGGAUUCCCAACGAACUGUUUUGACCGAAUUGGCCGAAAGUCCAGGAAAAACCGACGGAAUUUCAAACAAUGUGAAAAGAAAGUCUGAUCUAUUGCCGAAUUACGUUCUUCCAUAUAAUCAACAACCUUAUACCAAAGUCCAAGGAUCGAGAAAUCAGUUAAUUAGUGCCGAUAAAAAUGGAACAAGUGGAAAUAAUAAUAUCACUUUGACCCAAUUUAUAUGGAUCGACUUUUUUACUGAAUGUUUGUGUAACGUAUUCUGCUGCUGUAUCGGUUCCUGUGCAGAAAUCAUCGAUUCCGAAAGUAAAAAGUAGAAA